AUGCUCUCCAAUCAUUUUCUUGCAGCAUCACUUCUGGGAGGCAGAGAGUUAGACCUCGGCCUUCGAUACAUUACAAUACCUGAUCCAAAGUAUGAACAACCGCAGCUGUACAUCUUGCAAGAUGGUGGCCGCAUCCUGGAGGCAUUGGCAUUUUCAGAGCCCUAUCGUUCCUGGUUCAUUGGUGAAGCUGUACUCUCAGAUGGGAGGGUAUUAUUCCUGACACCCUUGGAUCCACUGUUCCUUAUUAUACCUCUGCUUCAGAAGUUUGCAGACAGGAACUUCAUUCCAUUUGAGGAUUUGUUUUUCAGUGAAGCUUAUCCAGAUUACCAAAAAGUAUACCACAGUGUCUCUCCUGCUCAAGUGAAAACUAUAUGCAAUCAUAAGGAAAUCAAUGGGAGUCUUGCCUUUAAGUACUCAGAGGAGAAAGUUCUCAUAUGGCUCAAACUCAAGACUACUACACUCCAGAACUUCAUUAUGACAAGUGGUGUAAGGAUUCCUCUUCACAAGACUGCAAACUACAAGGCUAGUUCUAUAUCUACUGCCAGCAUUGACAAAGAACAGUGUCUUCGUCAUGCUUUCAAUAUUGUGAGUGACUAUGUCAAAGAUUACCUUUCUGAGAAGUUGAGGGAAAUUCUCAACCUUCCAUCGAAGAAGGAGCUUAAAGAGCAAUGUGACACAAAUGAAGAGGAGGUUGAAGGUGGAAGGGCAUUGAAAAAGACCAAAGUAGAGCCAUUGGAGGAUUACAGUGGUGCAAUAGGUGAUGUGAAAGAUUCCAAGCCAGCAGCAGCAACUGUGAAACAGACACAGCUUGCUAAAGCUGCAAAGGGAACGAAGUCCAUCAUGUCUUUCUUCAGCAAGAAGACAAAUGCAGGCAAAGACUGAAUGCUAUCAUCAUUCUCUCUUCUUGACUUGUUUUUGUCAUUAUUUUUAAGAGGUAAAAAAAAAUUAAAUCUUUUAUUUUUUGUA